AUGUUUUUACUUCUUCCACUACUCAUCAGUGGUGCGCUUACAGCCACUCGGCUCAAUCUGAAGGAUGAUGAUGUCACCGAUAUCAAGAGAUUUAACGGCAAGAUUACUUGCGGGCAGAGAGAAUAUUACAAUAGUGAAACCGAAAAAUGCACCACCUGCACAUCUUGCCGCGAGUUUAUGUUUGAGAGAACUCCCUGCCGUUCUCAAAGUGACACCGUGUGCGAAUGGUGUGGAAUUGAGAUUGAUGAGAAGACAAUGUCCGACUCAGUUAUCGCCUCGUUCCAAAACAACUGUUUGAUGGCCAAUUUGGAGUUUGUUGACAUGAAACGUCUGAACAACAAAAAAUACAAGAAGGUGCAGCUCAUGAGUUCUCGCGAAAUGGAGACCUUUGAGGGAGACGAAGAUGAUUACGACGACUAUAAGGAAGACGAGUAUAAUGAAAACGAGAACAACCUCGAAAAUGAGAAAUUUGAACGUAUGAUUCAAGCGAAAGUCGAAGAGCACUUUGGACUAUUUGGACAAGAUGAAAUGCCGGAAUAUGAUGAUAUAUCGGAGCCUUCAAUUGUUUUGGAAACAUCGGAAGUGAAGAAAACCUUCGAGAAGUUGAUCAAAGUGCCGAUACGCCAAAGAGCACCACCAACACUUCCACCAGCGCCAAUAGUCGAUUAUUUGGAUGAAGAGAUUCAAGAAGAUAAGGUGGAAUGGGACAGCUGGGUUGAUGAUCGUGUAAAGCCAAUCGAGAAAAUCGGGGAACUUGAGGCGUUGAAGGAAACAGUAAUUGUUGACAUGAAACUCGAAGGUGAUGAAGCCAACGAAAAGGACAAUCUUCAAUUCUUCUUCAUAUUCUUUGUUUCAAUGUUCCUUACUCUUUGCUGCUGCCAAGCUCUCAGAUACUGUAUUUACAAGCGUCGCGAAAGAACCAUCGAGCUUCUUCCAGAGCAUUACCAAAUCCUCGCUGAGUGUGGAGCCAACGCAGAGAAGAAGAUGCAUAUGCACGGGCAUGAGAACCCGCUCUAUCUUCCAUAA